GUUAAUAAUACUUGAGUCCGUCCGUGGUCACGGCUUUCCAAGGUACAGAACAGAGGAGAUACGACAUUCCGUCGAUAGAUACCUUAUCGCUACCUUAUCCACCCAAAUGCAAAGACAUUCAAUGUGAGACCUUAAUCAGCAAGCAUCGCAUCGUAAACACCAUUUGGUCUCCUUGCACAUACUAAUCUUCACACUCCCUCGACAUGACAUGAUAUGACUAUCAUUCAACGGCAAUGAACAGACCCUCCUCAUCGACCGGUCUAUCGCUUCCCCUUCCCGGCUCCCCAGGAUCUUCAUGGGCCAUGUAUCGAGCGAGAUUUGCGGCUAUCUUUCACGGCGCAGAUACGUCGGUUUUGAUCGCUUUUUGGUUAUUUGGUCUGAUCAACAAUGUGUUGUAUGUGAUUAUUCUGUCGGCGGCGUUGGAUUUGGUUGGCCCUGAUAUCCCCAAAUCCGUCGUUUUACUCGCAGAUGUUCUCCCUUCUUUCGUAACCAAACUCGUCGCUCCGUACUUCAUUCAUAAGAUUCCCUACUGGAUACGAAUCAUCAUCUUCUGCUCCUUAUCCUCGGGGGGUAUGCUCCUCAUCGCAUUAACCCCAGACGACAAAUCCGUAUCGACAAAACUAUUUGGUGUCAUCCUUGCGAGUCUCAGUAGUGGUGGCGGAGAAUUGAGUUUCCUAGGUCUCACGCAUUACUAUGGACAUUUCAGUCUGGCGGCAUGGGGAAGCGGGACAGGAGGGGCAGGUUUAGCAGGAGCUGGAUUAUAUGUUCUUUUGACAACUAUCAUUGGACUAUCUAUCAAGAUCAGUCUUUUGGCUUCUGCUUUCUUGCCUUGCAUAAUGCUUCUCUCUUUCUUCGUAAUAUUACCUCAAGGACCAUUAAGGAGAGCAUCUUUAAGGAAAGAUUACAACACUCUCCCUGGAGAAGAAUCGCUGAAUCAACCCCUCACAAGUUCAGAGAUCGAUGAUCUACCACCCGAUUCAGCGGCGGCUUCUCUACUUGCACCUGGCCCCGCCAUCGCAUCAGAAGCAUACUCCUCACACUCUCCCCGUCCCUCUUCUCCGGGAUUGUCUCACCACGAAGCGAAAUCAACAUUUCUCUAUAAUCUCCACCGCGCCUCCUCACUUUUCUUUCCCUACAUGUUCCCUCUCCUCCUCGUCUACAUAGCCGAAUACACUAUCAACCAAGGUGUCUCUCCCACACUCCUUUACCCUACACCUUCCUCGGGAAACCCAUUUUCCCAUUAUCGCUCUUUCUAUCCCACGUAUGGGUUUAUCUACCAACUCGGCGUUUUUGUUUCACGCUCCUCUACACCAUUUUACCGAAUCCACAAUCUCUAUGUCCCAUCGUUUCUACAGAUUGCAAAUCUCUUCCUCCUCAUCUCGCAAGCAUUAUGGUUCUGGAUUCCAAGUGUGUAUAUCAUCUUUGUAGUGAUCUUUUGGGAGGGUCUUCUCGGCGGAGCGGUUUAUGUGAAUACGUUUGCGGAGAUUAUGGAGAAAGUGGGAGAGGCAGAUCGAGAGUUUAGUUUGGGGGCGACGAGUGUGAGUGAUAGUGGGGGGAUAUGUAUAGCGGGGUUUGUGGGGAUGGUUCUGGAGGUUGGGUUGUGUGAGUGGCAGGUUGAGAGGGGGAGGGGGUGGUGUAGGAUGACUUAGGGGGUAAGGAGAGGAUGAUAUGAUUGAUAGAGAGGGGGAGAGGAUUAGAGGAUGUGGAUGAGGAUGUGGAUGUGGAUGUGGAUGUGGGUGUGGAUGUGGGUGUGGAAGAGAAUUACGUGAUGAGGGGUCACUCACCGGCGUUAUGGAUUUUGCGUUUCAUAUCAUGCGCACAUAGAUAGAUACCUUUGAAUUUGAAUUUUGAAAUUUUGA